GUUCUUCGGCGGGUGCCCCUGGUGCGCGCCAGCCGCGGCGGAGUCGUCCGGCUGCACGGCGUUUGCUUUUCGAGACCGAAGUGAGUCAGUCAGUCAAGCGUCGACCAUCGUCGGCAUCGGACGCUCGUGGAAUCUUUCCAAAUUUUUCUACCACACGUCUACUCCGUAAAUCAUUCUUCCGUUCGUUAUGAAUAUUUCGAAGAUCGACGAAAAGAUCGAUCGAUCGUGACCACGAGGUAUUCUAAUCGAAGACGAUUCGAUGGGGUUUGAUCGUGGCUCUCGUUGAUUUUGUUUUUCGCGAUCGUUACACUAACACUGAUCGGCAACGCGGUCCUUAACGAUAUCCUGACACAUCAGAGUGCAUGUUAUAAAUUUAGAAUAAAAUGUUGACACGGGACUUGUUGACUCUUGCGACGAUGGUGUCCAGUCUAACUGUGGUCAUUGGUGCUUCCAUGGAUCUUGAUUCGAGGGACUACGAGGUGCUGGCCGAUAACGAGGGAAAAUCCGAUGACAAUGACUCGCCAUACGUCCGAGAAGUGAGGUGUUAUUGCAAUCAACCGGAAUGUGUGCCUCAAGGAUACAUGUGCCGUGGCAGGGGCUGCUUUUAUCCAUCAUUAUUAAGAGCAGAACAUAGCGCCUACAGUGGCUGCCUCGAUGAGAGCUUCAAAGAACAGCAAUGUCCUACGGGAUACCUCUGUUGCGAACAAGAUCUCUGUAACCACGUGGAUAGCCCAGCCAUGAGAAACAGGCUCAACAAGACUCUUCAAGUACUGGUGAGUGACCAACGACCUUUCCUCAGUCCGGUGCAGCCGAUCAAUCACGGAGGUCAAGCGACAGAUGGAUGGUUCAAGACUGCCACAAUCGCUGUACCGAUUUGCGGUCUAGUCGCUCUACUGAUACUGGCCACUCUUGCCACUAGAUUACUUCAGCCUGUACCGACGCAAAGCAACAAACUCGGAUCACAUCAAAUGCCCGAUAAUGGACCACCGUUAUUAGGAUCACCGAAAGUGCCUCUCGUUUAAUAAUCUCGCAAUCCCAAAGACGUUCGAUAAAGUGUUCUAGCGGAUAGACAUUAGUAAGACUAACUAGAAAGCUAGCGGGCUUGUAUAGCUCCACUUGGCUGUGAAUUUUGUGAAAAAAGCGACUGCUGUAAAUUAUAACAUUGCGUGUUGUGCAUCGAUAGCUGCAAUUCCUUUGAACGACGAUCCUGUGAAUGAUCACAGGAAAGAUUGAAGAGUGAGAAAAGGUCAAUAAAACAGGGCCUUUGUAUAUGACGUUAAUUAAAAG